UGCCUAUAUGCAUCAAAAAACAUAUACAUACACUUGAAUAAAGAAAUGAAAAAAAAUGAAAGAGCAUUACAUUGAGAAUCGCUUCGAUCGUUACUGUCUGCUGCAAAUUUGAUUGUUUGGGAUUGCAUUUUUUGUUUAUCGAAUAAAUUUUGUACGUACGUCUGUUGUGUAUAUGGUGGUGAUCAAGUGGAGUUUGGAUUAGGGUUUCUGGUAUUGGGGGAUUGCGGGGGAAUUUGCGAGGAGUUCGGUGGUGGGGUAUUGUGGGUUUUCGGAGUAUUUUAUUGGGUUGAAGUUGUGUUCUUCAAUUGGGGAGUGAUAUGUUGGAUUUCAGGAUAGAGGUUGGAUUAGGGUUUGGAGGAAUUUGAGGAUUUUUGGGGAGGGAGGGUUAGGGCUAGGUUCUGGAUUUUCUUGGUAUUGGGGGUUGGAUAAGUGGGCCAGGGAUGAUUCAAGAGCCUGAGCUUGAAGAAGGAGAGACUUGCUAUUUCAAGGAUGAUAGAAGCAUUGAUCCUGAUAUAGCUCUCCCUUACUUUGGAGACAAGGUUCAAAGAAUAUUGGGGCAUCUUCAGAAAGAUUUUGAAGGAGGCAUUUCUGCAGAAAAUCUGGGGGCAAAAUUUGGUGGAUAUGGCUCAUUUUUACCCAUGUAUCAGCGGUCUCCUUCAAUUUGGUCGCAGCCAAAAUCUCCGCAGAGAGUUCAAAAUCCUAACUUGUCUAGAUCUCCUGAUCAUGCCUGUCCAGAGGGUCCUGCCCCUAAUUCUGUCAUGGUCCCUGAUGCUCCUUCUGCUCAGAGAAAUGGCUCUUCUUCCUCCCCUAGCUUGUGCGCAUCACAAACUUUGAAAAUAUCCUCUGAGGAUGCUUCAAUUAGACAAAAAGCAACCUUAUCUGCCAAUAAAGUUGCUGAGGCUCUUCCUGGAAAAGUUGAACUUCCAUCAAGUAAGUUGGGCAAUCUACCCGACCAGAGAACACUGAAGGUUCGCAUCAAAGUGGGACCUGACAGGGUGGCACAAUAUAAUGCUGAAAUAUAUAAUCUGGGACUUACAUCCCCAUCUUCCUCAGAGGGGAACAGUCAUGACGAAAGUGAUGGGCUGCUUGAAUCUCACGAGACUCCUAUUGAUUCUCCUGCCAACAUUCUUCAGAUAAUGACUUCUUUCCCAGUAUCUGGUGGCAUGUUGCUUUCACCUCUUUGUGAAGAUUUGCUGAAGUUAGCUAGAGAAACAGAAGAUUCAGUAGAAAGUGAGUUUGAAGCUGCCCCCAAAAGUUCCACAAUCUCUGUUAGGCUUUUGAAUAAUGAUGUUUUUGGUCAGAAGAAAACAAAAGCUGUUGAUAAGAGCAGAAAAUUUGAGAUUUCAGCAGAUGAAUUUAUAGCAGAUAAGCAGAAAUCUUUGAGUAGUAAUAAUCUGGACUGCAGCGUGCAACCUGUUACUGAUGGAGGCAGGGAAUGUGAGGAGAAUGCGCAGGUUAAAAAGAGGAGAGAAAGUAAGGACAGGGUGAAAGGAUUAUCAGUUUCGGGUGAUUCGGGUAAGGAUGCUUUUAUGGAACACACUUCUGACCAAAGUUGUGUUAAGUAUGAUAGGCCAGAACCCAGAUUCAGUUCUGUAGAGAAGGUUGGGGAACAUCAAGCUAGAAUUUCUCAGAAGGAUGUUUCAGUUGAUCACCAGCAGGACAACAGGAGUCGUGGCGAGAGAAGUCGUGCUUCCUUGAGAGCUUAUUCAGGUAAUUCUGAAGAUGAAAGGGUUAAAGGAGCUAUGGACAACUUGGGUUUAAAAGUUGGUCUGGAUGCAACCUCUAGUAAACAUAAUGGCUUUGGAACCCCUCAUGCUGUAAAUAGGUUAUCAUUUGAAGGUGAUAAAAAGUCAAAAGGAAGUCAAAUUAGUGGGAAAUUGGCGUCAAAAUCAGAUAGAUUAAAGGAUGGUGGUUCUGCUGGACCAAAAAACAAACCCAGUGGAAAGAAGGACGUGCAUAGGCUUCAUCUCAGCCAGAAAGAUGCUGGUCAUACAAGUUUUUCACAUAUGGAGAACCCAAAGCAUUUAUUGGAGAGGCCUUCUGCUGAGAAGCCAAAGAAAUUUAAUCUUGAUGCUGCUAAGGCAAAAUCUGUGUGUGCUGAUAAAUUGAAGGAGAGAUCAAGUAAUAGAAAGUAUAUGGAAAAGGUGAUAUCUGACACGACUUUAGCAGCGCCUCCAGCUGCAGCAAUACAUUCUAAGGACGGAAUCUUCACUGGGUUAGAGCAGACAAUGGCAGCUCCUGUAGUAAUACAGGAAGAUUGGGUCGGGUGUGACCGCUGUCAGAAGUGGCGUCUUCUGCCUUAUGGUACAAAGUCGGAGCACCUGCCUGAUAAGUGGGUGUGCAGCAUGCUAGACUGGCUUCCAGGAAUGAAUCAUUGUGACAUUAGUGAAGAUGAGACUACAAAAGCUCUUCAUGCUUCAUAUCUAGUUCCUGUCCUGGAGAAUCAUCAGAAUUUUCAAGCUGACGGAACCAUGGCUGGAGUAAUUUCAGUUGGUGCACAUCAUUUAGAUCGGAACUACCAGAACUGUGCUUCAGAUCAAAUAAAGAAGCAGAAACUGAAAAAGAAACAGAAUGAAGUAAGCAUGACUGAUCCUGUUCCUUAUAGCGGUAAAAAGAAUUUGCAACGGCUGGCUGUGAAAAAUGGGAGCUCAAAGGAGAUCAAGCAAUCACUUUCAGGGGUAAGUGAAACAAACAAAUCGGGUAUGCAGCACCCAAAUAAAUCAGCAGUUGUACCAAAAUCAAGUAAACGAAAAAGUGAGCAUGUGAUUGGAGAUGAUGCAAAUCCAAGGAAAAAAGUCAGGAAAGAGUCUGCUCAGCAUGAACAUGGGAAGGCGAAAAAGAUUAAGUAUAAAGCUGCUCUUAAUGUGGACAACUUUCAGAAUUCUGGUGGGAACCUAGGUAUGCUUGGCAACAGUUUGACAUCUGGUUUGCUGAAUAAGGGAGUUUUGAAGGAUGGGAAGAAAAAGAGUGCAGGACAAGAGGUAAUUUCUGGGGAUGCAGGCAAUUUCCAAAUUUAUGUGAAGAAGCAGAAGGAUCAAGUGCAGGAUUUAGCAGAUGCUGGGCACUUGGGUGUCAAAACAGGUAAUGGUGGAGAAUUAUCUACAAAGAAGAUAAAAUUAAAGGAUUACGAAGAUGGUCAGUAUCAGUUAGAGACAAGGCAAAAUAAUGGGAACAAUAUCCAGGACAGAAAAGUUUCCACCAAAGACGACAGCAAGGUUGGUGAUUCUCAUAGAGAGAAGAGAUCGCAAGUGUCUCAGAUUGAAGAGAGGGAUUCCAAAAGAAGCAAGCUUGAUGACAUACCAAAAAGAAAAAGCAUAGAAGCUGGAGUUCAUUCAUCAGGAAGUAAAGAAUGUCCAAUUAAUAGGGAUAUUGAGAAAGAACAGGUAACAAAGUCAAGAGGAAAACGGGGGCUAACCAUUGAAGAUAUAGAUAAACUGAGAAAGGAUUUAGGGUGUGAACAGCUGUCAACGGCUGCCACUUCAAGCUCCUCUAAGGUUUCUGAUUCCCGUAAAAACAGGGUUAGUUACAUGGAGAUGAAAGGCUCACCUGAUGAAUCAGUUUCCUCGUCUCCCAUGAGGGUAACCUAUAUGAAUCAGGUCUCACCAAUGAUGAUGGCAACUGCAGGGAAGGUUGACUCUAGAUUGAAUGAUGUUCCUACAACAGGCAGUGUGAAGAAAAUUCGGGGCAUGAAUGGAAGUUCUGAGUUGGGCAUAGCCAGGAAGGGGUCAUCAGGUCUCACCAAUGAUAAUGGCUCGGAAAUCUUAGAUUCAAAGAAUAAAUUGAAAGAAGAGACAGCUUUCGGUGACAACCAUCGUGCACCUAAACAUGAAGUAUCAAGUAACACGGGACAUCCUUUCUCUGAUGAGUCUAGCAUAAAAUCUGUUAAAAAUGGUGCAAGUGUUAGCAAGAGGGAUAUUGGGAAAUCGGGUGAUAGCAGAAGUGAGAACCCGUCUGCACAGGGGGAGCAAAUUUCCACCCAGACCGAGCCAUGGAGUGGAAAGUUGCGCAUUGACCUGCGUCAGGGAGAUAAACAAGGUGAAUUAUGUCCUAGCAAAUAUGCAUCAGGAUCAUUGGCAUCCUCCAAAAAAGGUUUCAUGGAUGCGAGAGCCCUUGAUGCUUCUGUUGUUGGCGAUACAUCUAAAGCUCUAAAAGACACUGCUAUUGCCCGCCUUCAGAAUGGGACCCACCACUUCUUCAAUAAUGUGGCAGAGCGAUCUCUGGCCCAGGACGCAACCCUUGGAAACAAGAAUGUUUCUGGUAUUACAACGUCUACUGUUUUGAAAGAAGCUGAGGAUGUCUUGAAAGAAGCUGAAGAACUUAGAAUUCAUGCUGAUUUAAUCAAGAACUCUGGUUUUAGUUCGGAAAGUAAUUAUGAGUACUUUAAAGCUGCCCUAAAGUUUCUUCAUGGCGCUUCACUUUUAGAGGCCUGCAAUGGAGAAGGUAGCAAACAUUUGGGGAUGAGUCCGAUGCAGAUGUACGGUACAGCUGCCAAACUUUGCAAAACCUGUGGAUAUGAAUAUGAAAAAGGCCAUGAAAUGGGUGCUGCUGCCUUGGCCUAUAAAUGCGUGGAAGUCGCUUACCUGAGAGUAGUUUAUUGCAAAAGUUCAACUACAAACCGAGUUUGGCUUGAUUUGCAAUCAAGUCUGCAGAUGGUUCCACAAGGCGAGUCUCCAUCAUCUUCUGCAUCUGAUGUUGAUAACUUAAACAAUUUAGCAGCGGCAGACAAGGCCACUUUGUCUAAAGGCAGUGGUUCUCAUGCUGGGAAUCAUGUUAUAGUGCCUCGCAACCGCCCCAACUUUGUUCGGCUGCUUGACUUUACCAAAGAUGUAAACUCUGCAAUGGAAGCUGCCAAAAAAUCGCAGGAUAUGUUUGCAGCCGCUCGUGUGGAACUAGAAGAGUCUGAAAAUAAAGAGGCCAUUGUUUCUGUUAAGAGGGUUAUUGACUUCAGUUUCCAAAAUGUAGAGGAACUCGUACGUUUGGUAUGGCUCGCAUUUAAUACCAUCAACCAUCAAGGUCCCAGUGGCGGUAGAGAGUAGUCAAGCUGUACAUAUUCGCAUUCAACUAGUGUAUUUAUUCCCUUUCUGGGCCGGGCUGUGGAAAGAAGCAUAUUGGCACGCACUUGCGAAUAUGGUGAAGAAAGAAGAAGGUUAACGGCUAAUCACAUUUCAGUACACAGGUACAAAAUGGGGUUAAUUUGUCGUUAAUCUUGUGAAGACAUUUUUGAAUCUUCGGCUUCUCUUUCAAGACACAAGGCAUAUGCUCAAAACUUCCAUACAACAUUGUCCCGGAUAGCAAGAUAUGAAUCAUGUGCAUGUUCGAGUGCAAGAUUCCGAGCUCAUGUAAGAUUGCAGUUUUGAUAUUUUAGGUUAUAGAUUAUCCGUAGUUAGAGAAGAGACUAUUCAAUAGGGAUCUACGGCACAUAGUUAUCAUCCGAGGGGGCUAAUUUCAUAAUAUAGUCAUUACUAGUCCUUUCUUAUGAGGCACUUUUUCUUAUGUUUCCGUAUAUCAUUUUUUUCUGUAUAAUAGGGAUCGACAUUUGAGAGGGAGUUGCCCCUGCAAUUGUAAAGUAAACCGUCUCCUUUUGGUUUAUCCUUCUUUAGAACCGAAAAACUCUUUUAAAUAACGAUCACCAUUGUGUCCAUAUUAUAAUCUCUAUUGUGGAGGUAUAAUCUUGAUCUGAUUGCUGUUA